AUGCCUCACUCGCUGAAGUUCGACAACACUUACUGGCAAGACAUCCUGCCUGACGAAGUACGGAAGGCUCCCGACGAUGAACGUAUUCAUUUGCUCGCAUCGCUUCUUGUGUUCCUCAAUGUCCCUGUCCACCGCUUCCUUGGCUUCAUCUUUUCGAGUGACCACGAGGUUGUGAAGAUUCGUGUUGGCCAAUUCAUGGGCUAUCACAAGUCGAUGUUCAAUCCCGAGGAUCGCUUCCAACCGCUCGGCUUGUUCAAGAUGUGGCACGAGAAGUGGCCAAAGUCGAGGACGAACCUGAUGGAACUAAUUGUCCAGCCAUAUGCGAGGGACAUAGCUCUGUCUGAGAGCAACCGUGUUAUCCGAGACCGUCAACUGCAGAUCCGGUUGAGCAAACUCACCGUGAACGGCAUCCGGAAUCUUCUCGCGCCUGGGAACGUCGCGAUGCGGCUAGAGGAGCUGGCCCCAUUCACGUCUAGCCUCCUCCAUGUCUUCAGUGCUUCUCCGAACGAGUAUCGCAGUGUGGUGCUCACCAAGAGAAAGGGUCGCAGAGGCCAGGACGAUCAGACGAGGGGUGGCGCACAAGAUGAUGAAGACUCGGAUGGGUGGGAGAGUGGCGAAGAGGUUGAAGAAGACUCGCCUGGCGAAGGAAUGGCACCAGACGGAGAGGAGCCUAGGUUUGGAACUCAGUGGCGAAGGGUUUAUGAAGGCUUCUCGCGCAACCCUAGCUUUGCGGUGCUUGUUGCUAUCGCGUUGCUCGCGUUGGUUCGCAAUCGUGCCACAAAUGUGCUAGCCUUGCCGUUCGGGCUGUUCCUUGGUAUUUCGGGCACGAGCUCCCGGGUUCUAUCGGUCCUGAGCGAUAUGGGGCUGUCAGUAUCCAUCACGACCAUCGAACGACUGAAGGAGCAGAUUUCGAACGAUGCUGCACAGCAUGCUAUCAAUUUGCUGAAAAGCGACACAAUGUUCUGCGUCAUCCUCGACAAUAUCGAUAUCUAUCUGCGGAAAUUCCAAGAACGUAUCACGAACCGUAACGCGAUGAUACACGCCACGAACGUUGCGGUCAUUGCAAUCAACAAUGCAGACGCAGCUGCCCUGAAUCUGCAGUCAAAGCUGGACUUACGUGGCAAGCGCAUGACCGCACAUUUUGACGACAUCCGACCAACAGAGGAUGAUGGUAACCAUAUGCGAGUUGCGUUCGAAGGGCUGGUCGCAGGGAUGCUGGUGCGGUACGCCCCUGGAAGCAAGAGCUGGGAGGACCGUCAGCAGUGGCUGGAUACUAUUGAAGGAUAUAUGCCGAAGGACCGUCCAUUACCGCCCGUGGUGACAGAUACGCGCCCUCUUGGCGUGGUGGACGUCAACUCAGGCUCGAAGAAGGGGGUCAUCGAGGCACUGCAGGAAAUCCAGGAGAAGUCAACAGUUCCGAGGGAGAAGUGGUCAGAGCAGCCACGUGUAUUCCAAGGCGACUGGCUUACAGUGUCAAAUCUGCGAGCUGCGCGGCGGGAGCGCGUCGAUGAUGUAGAUGCGAUGGAGCGUCUGGAGUAUGUUGAAGAAGUCAGCGCGCUAUGGCAUUUUGCGCUGAAUUCGACCCACAUGAUCAUGCGUGUCCACUUCGGGAAUGCCGUUACCGACCACGCAUCGCUCGCGAAGCACAAGGGGCUUCUCCAGCGUACGUGGGACGCGAAGAAGCCCAAUUACGCCGCAGCAAAGGCGCUGAUUCGCCAUUCACUGAUAGCACGUCUGCUUCACUGUGUAAUGGUCAUUGAAGGCUUCAAAAGGUGGUCAGACUUGACGAAGUGGAAGCCGGACCUGGACGACAUCCAAAGAAUAGCGCGGGAGAUAGUGAGGCGGUACUCCACUGCCGGGGUGGCCCUGACUCAGGCGCAAGCCGCUGGGGACGAUUGGUUCGCACACGAAGUGUACUUCAUGCGAGAUGCGCUCUUCUUCUGCCGCUUCGAACAUGCGGUCAGUAUCGCGGAUGCCGGAGCUGUCUUACGGGUGUUGAAGUACUGGGCUUUCGCAUUCCGCGGGGCCGGUCAACACAACUACGCAAGAGAGUGUGUUGACUUACUGAUACGAUGGAAAUACGAGACAACAGAUGCAAUGCGCGCAGUCCUGGAGAAAGCGUGGUUUGUGAACCGGUGGGGCAAGCCCGGUCGAUGGAUCGCUGCGGACCUAUAUUUGGAGCAGUGUAACUACUGGGUCAAGCGUGUUUACAUAGCCCAUGGCAAUGGGGUGUCGAUUGACUACAUCAUGAAGAAAGGGUCUGCAUGCGUUGAAGCAUUCCGCUUGACCUCUCACCUUUUUGCGAACUUCUUUGGAGACCCCGACCGGCACAGACGUUCGAAGGAAAUUGCCUUCAUCAAUGACAUGCGCAUCUUGGUCGAGGGCAUGAUCGUCGAUGGUGCGCAUGUUGUGGCCGCUGGCAAGCACCAUGUGCCUGCAGCUACAUCGUCAAGGGGCAAAGGAAAGAAGAAAGCUGAUUCGCCGCGUCGCUCUGCCGUUGCAGAUGUUAUGAGUCUCGGAGCGGAGAUAUGGCAGAAUGGAAAGUUCACAGAUUACGUACAGAGCACUGCAUACGACCGAGAGCUAGGGUAUCCCAUUGCAUCUGGAGAACUUGCUAAUUCACGGAGCAAUGACCAUUCCACGCCAUUCCACACAGACACUGCAUUUGACAGUCAAGAUAAUCCACUACAAUACGAUAGCUAUGUUGACUUACAUGGAGACUCAGACGAUCACACUACAAACGGUAGCACGUCAGGGGGGCUCGGUGGCGGUGGAGAGUUUGCAACGGGAACAGAAAAUGACUGA